GAACGUACACUCUUCCUCUACAACCCACCCAAAGUGCACCGACUCUAGUGACAACUCAAGCAUCAGCCAUGAAUCAGCUUCUUUUCGUUAGUUUCUGUGCCCUGCUGGGAUUUAGCAAUGCUGCAGUCCUAUCCAGCAGUCGGAUCGUUGGUGGUUUCCAGAUCGACAUCGCCGAAGUGCCACAUCAGAUUUCCCUGCAACUACGCGGCCAGCAUUUCUGCGGAGGAUCCAUCAUCUCGCCGCGUUGGGUACUGACUGCGGCGCACUGUACGGAAGGUAAUUUGGACCCAAAGGCGUACACAAUCCGGGCAGGUUCUACCGAUCGUACCAAAGGUGGCGUUGUGCUCAAAGUCAAAUCCGUGAACCCUCACCCCGAGUACAAUACCGAAAACAUCAACUACGACUUUUCGCUGCUGGAACUAGCUGAAAGUAUUGGAUUCAGUCGAUCGAUUGUGGCCGUAGAUUUGCCGGAAGUUGACGAAAGUCUGGAUGAUGGAUCCAUGUGUACGGUUUCCGGCUGGGGAGAUACCAAGAACUACCAGGAGAGCAAUAUGCUGCUGAGAGCCAUCAAUGUGCCUUCUUACAAUCAGGAACAAUGUGCCGAAGCUUUGGCCAGUACUGGCACGGUUACGGAGCAAAUGAUCUGCGCUGGAUAUGCCGCUGGUGGUAAGGACUCGUGCCAAGGAGACUCCGGUGGCCCACUGGUUUCCGACGGAAAACUGUUCGGUGUCGUUUCCUGGGGUAGGGGUUGUGCUCUUCCGAAUCUUCCGGGAGUCUACGCUCGAGUUUCCAGCGUACGCGAAUGGAUCCGGAAGGUUGCCGAAGUUUAACGAGUUUGAAACGAUUAAAUGUGAUUUAAAUUAAA